CCACGCUGAUCAUAUGAACGGGCCUUAUGCAUUUUCAGUGCCCAAAAAGCUGCCCUUCUCCUUAGCUUUUAUUGCAAGGUCUCAAGUCGAGUGUCCGGAGCGGCCAUCUAAAUCUAUCUUUAGCCCAUCCUAGCAAGUGAAUGGAAGCACCCGACUUAUCUUCACUGCUGUCAUCGAGGCAGCCGGUAUUUUUAGGGGACAGCAGCAGCUGCAAAAGCAUUUAACGGUCCUCCAUGAACAAUGACACUCAGGGUGUCUCAGGGCUGCCACACAGAUCAGGAGACUGCUCUCGAGUUGAGCUGACUGAAAAGAAAUCCCGCUAUCUUUGGUUCUUGGAUGUGACCAGUAGCCGUCUGACAAGAUGGAUAGAUAGCAAACUCGGUUAGCGUUUGAGAAGAUUCUGGAUUCCGGUUGGACAUUUUUAAAGAGUCGAUCUGUGUGUGAGGUUACUCAGCCAGUUUGGACUGCUGAGUUUGCCUUCGCGGCUCAAAGGGAGAGUGCCAGAGAGGAAUGUCUGUUGACGGUUGCUCCUGGGCGCUGAAGAGAGACCACUUGACCAUCUUCACAUUAAGAACCUUGUACAGUGAAGAAGAGGACAGCUCUGCACCAGUGAGGUCGAGCGGGAGAGAGGGACUGCAUGCCUGUUGUCUUCCUGGGGUGAGGUGAGGCUGGCCUGCGAGCAGAGAUGGAUGUGUUUGGGGGUGCUCCGCGCUUCUUGGCGUACCCACGCCCUGUGAUGGUGCAGAGCAGCACGGACGCCAUGCUGAAGUGUCAGAUCGGAGGCGAUCCCAGACCGGCGGUAGUCUGGGAACGCAACAAUGAAAAGAUCGACCCUGAGGGCCGAUACCGUGUCUUUGAGGAUGGGAACGUGUACAACCUCAUCAUCUCUGCAGUGACCGUGGAGGACAGCGGCCAGUACAUCUGCAAGGCCAAGAACAGCAUUGGGGAGACAUACGCUGCGGCCACCUUGAAGGUGGAGGGUGAGGCCCAGGAGAUGGAGCUGCGCGAGGAGAACAAGCCUCGCUUCCUCAUCAAGCCCCUCUCCACGCGUGUGGGCCGGGGCGAGGACGCAGUGUUCUCCUGCAAGCUGUGGGGCAACCCUCGCCCCGAGGUGGUCUGGGAGAAGGACGGAAGGAAACUCAACGAGAUCUUCGAAAGCACGCACUUCAGCGUGGGGUACCAGGACGGCGGUUGGUUUCAGUUAAAGAUUUUCAAGACUCGUGCACCAGACGGAGGAGUGUACACCUGCAAGGCCAGGAAUGAGUAUGGCGAGGGGUUGGCCGGGGCGGUGCUGCUUGUUGACGCCGGCCCCAGUCACGAGGAGGAAGGGAACAGGAACGGUUACACCAACGGUCACUGGAAGGCCCACCAGGCCAAACAGAGGAGCAGCAGGCAGGUAGCCACUCGCCUCAGGGAGGACACCGUAACCACCGCAGCCAAAGUUAAAAUGUUUGCCGUGACAGAAGGAAAGCAUGCCAAAUUCCGUUGUUUUGUGACGGGGAAGCCCAAACCGGAGAUUAUCUGGAGGAAAGACGGCAGGCUGAUCUUGUCUGGAAGACGCUAUCUGUUGUAUGAGGACAGGGAGGGAUACUUCACACUAAAAGUUCUCUACUGUAAGCAAAAGGACAAUGGAGUUUAUGUUUGUGCUGCUUCGAACACUGCAGGAAAGACUCUCAGUGCUGUACACUUAUCUGUGAAAGAGCCGCCUGUGCGGUUCAAACAGCCCCUCAUCGAUCUGGAGGUGUGGGAGCGUGACCUGGCGGUCCUGGAGUGUGAGGUUCCCGAGGACUCGGUCCCCAUCACCUGGUACCUGGAGGACAGGCGUCUGCAGCCGGGGGCCAAGUACGGCAUGGAGGAGUGGGGAACCAAACGGCGACUCACCAUCAGAGACAUCGGAGUGGAUGAUGAUGGGAUUUAUCUCUGUGAGAUGCCUGAUGGAGGGAGGAGCAUUGCAGAGGUCGCCGUUAAAGGCACAAUCAUGCGCAAACUUCCACGAAAAGUGGAUGUUCUGGAGGGGGAGAAUGCUGCGUUCUGCGUCGAGGUGGAGGAAGAGGAGAUGGACAUCCACUGGUACAAGGAAGGCACAGAGCUGCGAGAAACACACCAGACCAUCCUGAAGUCGUUUGGUAGAACUCACAUCCUGGUGUUUGUCAACACCACCCCCCAGGACUCUGGCCUUGUCACCUUCUUUGUGGGCAGAUCCAAGACGUCUUCUCAGCUCAGAGUAAAAGCUGCUAGGCACUGCCCCCCCAGCUGUCCCGUGGGGGUGCAGAUGAACACGGAGAGGGCCAACGCUGCUCUGCUCUCCUGGGUUCCUGCUCAGGACUCCAAGAAAAACCCUCCCUCAGGCUACGUGUUGGAGAGGCAGGAGGUGGGCACCGGAUCCCAGGAGUGGCUGCAGUGCCUGACCACGGACUCCGCCACGUCGGUGGAGAUCCUCGGCGACAGCGUUCCCUGUGAGGCCGACUAUCGCUUCCGUAUCUGCAGCGUCAACAAGUACGGCCGAAGCCCCAACGUGGAGUUCCCAAGAACCGUCCACUUGGUGCCUGUUGCCAGGAUACAAGCCCCUCUCCAGGAUGCGUUGGUGCCAGAAGGGCAGGAUGCCUGUUUCUCCAUCGAGCUGUCUGCCUCAGUUAUUGGGACUUGGUUCUUGAACGGCACUCAGGUUCAGGAGGACGAGCGCUUCUCCACGAGACGCUCUCGGACGCACCAGUCUCUUCGCAUCAGAGUGGUACGAGACACAGAAAAUGGGGCUGAGAUCACGUUCAUAGCCUACGGGAUUCGAGAUUCAGCUGCCCUGUACAUUCAAGCUCCUUUAGUGAAGUUCACACCACUGUCAGAGAUGGAUCGUAAUAAAUUUGUCGAACUCGGCAACCCAAUUGUGCUCUACUGCGAGCUCUCAGACCCAGCUGUCCCAGUACACUGGUACAAGAAUGGGGUGGAGUUACAAACAGAGGAAGGGCUUCACAUCCAAUCAGAGGGCACCAUGAGGAGGAUCGUCAUCCAAUCAGCAGAGUUCUCUCACUCGGGAGUGUAUUGCUGUGAUGCCAUCGACGAUGUCAUCAGAUUCAAUGUGGAAGUUGAGGCUCCACCUGUGAGGUUCUCAGCUGCUCCAGAAGCUGAGAGGACCAAGUCCGUCCCAGCAGGAGGUCCUCUUGUACUGCAGUGUGAGCUCUCAGACCCCACUGCCCAGGUCCACUGGUACAAGGAUGGGACCAAGCUCCUCCCUCAGAGGGGAGUAGACCUCCGGUCAGACGGUCUUACAAGGACACUGAUUGUCCAGUCUGCAGAAUUAUUCCAUGCUGGGUCAUACAGCUGCAAGACAAAGGGUGAUGCCAUCCAGUUCAAUGUGGAUGUUAAAGCUCCGCCUGUGGGAUUCUCAGCACUUCCAGAAGCUGAGAAGGUCAAGUCUGUAGAGGCAGGCUGUCCUGUCGUGCUGCACUGCACGCUCUCUGACCCUACAGCUCAAGUCGGCUGGUACAAGGAUGGAACACAGCUCUUUUCAAACUCUGGAAUAGACAUCCAAUCAGAAGACAAUGUGAGGACCUUUGUUCUCCAAUCAGCAGAGCCGUCGCACUCUGGAACGUACAGUUGUAUCUCAGAAGAUGAUUCUGUGGAGUUCCGUGUGGAGAUCCAAGCCAUACCCAUGAAGUUCACAGCUAUGUUUGAAGCUGAGAGGACUAAGUUUGUAGAUGCAGGCGACUGCUUUGAGCUACAAUGCCAGGUUACAGACCCCACUGCCCCGGUCGUCUGGUACAAGAAUGGGGAAAACAUCCCUCCACAAACUGGACUGGACAUUCAGUCUGACGGCACUGUGAAGAGACUUAUUGUCAAAUCGGCAGAGCUCUUUCACUCAGGCCUGUAUAGCUGUGAGACUUCUGAUGAUACCGUCCAGUUCACAGUGGAAAUCAAAGCUCCAGCAGUGACACUGUCACCAGAACCUGAGGUUGUGAAGAGCCAGUCGCUUGAAGGAAUCUGCCCCAUUGAACUACCCUGUGAGAUCUCAGACCCUGUACCCCAGGGGUCACUCCAAAAGGACGAAGCACAGAACCACUCUGAAACUGAACCUGGCUUCGAUUUGGGAGGCAUCAAGAGGGCCCUGGUUAUCGAACCCGCACACCCUUCCAACUCUGGGGCAUAUUAUUGUGCGACUGCGGAUGAUGUCGCCAAGUUAAUUGUACAAAACCAAGCUCCACCUAAGACAUUUGUGGUUGGUCCCGAAGCUGAUUUGACCAAGUCCAUAGAAGCAGGCUGCUCAAUUGUACGACAAUUUGAGAUCUCUGAUCCGAUUGUCAAGGCCUGCUGGUACAAAGAUGGAACACAGAUCUACCCCCAAAGUGGACUUGAGAAAGAGCAAUCAGACGGCAGCACACGGACUACGCUCCAUCCUUAUAGCUUACCCUGUGGGGGGAGGUUUGACUGCCAAACAGCUGGCGAGACCUGCCAGUUAAAUGUGGACAUCAAAGCAGAGCUGUCUCACUCUGGAGAUGACAGUUGUGAGAUAUCUGAUGGGUCUGCCCAAUGCACUAUGGAUAUCAAAGCUGCACCAGUGUGUCUCUCAGCUGGCCAGGACUCUGAGAAGAGCACAUGGUUAGAAGAUGGCUGUCCCUUGCAAGAUCCAUCUGAGGCCUUCAAUCCAGACAUCGAACUUCGUGAACGACAUGCAUUACAUUCCCCACACCAAUCAGAUGAGCACACGAUGCAGGCAUCAACUGUCCAAUCAAGGGGAUUCUACCAGUCCACACAUUCUACUGUGUCUCAAUCAGAAGAGCCAUUUCAGUCUGUCCAGACAUCUACCAUCCAAUCGGAAAAGCUUUACAAAUCCAUGCAGACAGCAUUCGUCCAAUCAGAGGAACUCUAUAACUCCAUGCAGACAGCAUCUGUCCAAUCAGAGGAGCCCUGUUCCUCCAUGCAGACAGCAUCUGUCCAAUCAGAGGAACUCUAUAACUCCAUGCAGACAGCAUCUGUCCAAUCAGAGGAGCCCUGUUCCUCCAUGCAGACAGCAUCUGUCCAAUCAGAGGAGCCCUGUUCCUCCAUGCAGACAGCAUCUGUCCAAUCGGGGGAGCCCUGUACCUCCAUGCAGACAGCAUCUGUCCAAUCGGGGGAGCCCUGUACCUCCAUGCAGACAGCAUUCGUCCAAUCAGAGGAACUCUAUAACUCCAUGCAGACAGCAUCUGUCCAAUCAGAGGAGCCCUGUUCCUCCAUGCAGACAGCAACAGUCCAAUCAGAGGGAAAUUAUUGCUCUAUGGAGAUAUCAACUGUCCAAUCAAAUGAGCUUUUUCACUCCAUACCAACAUCCCCUGCAUCAAGCGAGCUCCAGAACUCCACCCAGAAAGGGACUAUCCAAUCAGAGGAGGUAUUUUGCUCCAUACGGGCAGCAGCUGUACAAUCAGAAGAGCCUUGCAAAUGUAUGGCAGGAACUGUCCAAUCAGAUGAACCAUAUGAUGUCAAACGGAAUGGAAAUAUCCAGUCAGAAGCACUCUGUCAACUGACAGCAUGUGAUUGUCGCUUGGAUGAUGAUGUCAUUGCAUAUAUGGUGGAUGUUGAAGCACUUCCAGCUCCACCCGUAAGAAUCACAACACCUUGUGAAGCUGAGAGGAACCAGACCAUUGAAGCUGGCAGUCCCAUAGUGCUACGCUGUGAGAUAUCUGACCCUCAUGCUCAAGUCGCCUGGUACAGGGAAGGCCUAGAGCUGCAUGAACAGCCCGGGCAGGAUAUACGAUCAGAAGGUGCCAUCAGGACAUUGGGUGUCCAUAUGGCCAUGAUGUCACAUGCAGGGGUGUACAGCUGCAAGACAACAGAUGACACCAUGCAUUUUCAUGUGGAUGUAAAAGCUCCACCUUUGAAGUUUACAGCAAUGUCUGAAGCUGACAAGGAAAAGAGCGUCCAAGCUGGCAAUCAUCUGUGUCUUCAGUGUGAGCUCUCAGACCCCACUGCUGAAGUGGCCUGGUUUAAGGACGGGGCCCCGCUCCUGCCUCAGAGCGGAGUCGACAUCUUGUCGGAUGGAACCAUUAGAACCCUGAGCAUCCACUCAGCAGAGCUGUCCCAUUCCGGAAUGUACCGUUGUGAGACACUGGAUGACGCCGUCCAAUUUACAGUGGGAGUAAAAGCUCCACCUGUGAGGUUGUCAGCUGCUCCAGAAGCUGAGAGGACCAAGUCCGUCCCAGCAGGAGGUCCUCUUGUACUGCAGUGUGAGCUCUCAGACCCCACUGCCCAGGUCCACUGGUACAAGGAUGGGACCAAGCUCCUCCCUCAGAGGGGAGUAGACCUCCGGUCAGACGGUCUUACAAGGACACUGGUUGUCCAGUCUGCUGAAAUCUCUCACAGUGGAAUAUAUGAGUGUUUGACCGCCGAUGAUACCGUCACUUUCAAAGUGGACAUCAAAGGCCCAUUUCCACAGAUCUUGCCUGAUCCGUCAGUGGAGACAUACAAGUCCACUGGAGUUGACUCUUCCAUUGUCUUGCAAUCUCCUCCAUUGAGAUUUUCAGCACUUCCAGAAAUUGCACGGAACAAGUUUGUUGAAGCGGGCUGCCCAAUUAUACUUCAAUGUGAGGUAUCAGACCCUGCUGAACAGGUUUGCUGGCAGAAAGACGGGGUAAAACUCCUUCCAGAGAGGGAACUUGACAUCCGAUCGGAAGGCCCGUUGAGGGCAGUGAGGAUUGAAUCGGCGGAGUUCAGACACGCAGGACUGUACUGCUGUGAGGCUGUAGACGACCGCAUAGAAUUCAAGGUGGAUGUUGCAGCUCCACCUGUGAGGUUCUCAGCUGCUCCAGAAGCUGAGAGGACCAAGUCCGUCCCAGCAGGAGGUCCUCUUGUACUGCAGUGUGAGCUCUCAGACCCCACUGCCCAGGUCCACUGGUACAAGGAUGGGACCAAGCUCCUCCCUCAGAGGGGAGUAGACCUCCAGUCAGAGGGCACAGUGAGGACCCUGAUUAUCCAAUCAGCCACAUGUUCUCAAUCUGGGGCGUACAGUUGUAAAACAGCAGAUGAAAUCAGGGAUUUCUAUGUGGAUGUGAAAGCACCUCCAGUGACAUUUGCUGAUAUGCCAGGCGAAGACCUCUUCAAAAGUGUUGUGGAACAAGACCGUCUUACUUUGUCCUGUGAAGUAUCCAAAGUUGAUGCCACAGUCCAGUGGUACAAAGAUGGGGUUGAAAUGCAGCCUGGUGACGAUGUUGCCAUAGAAGCAGAUGGAGCCAGAAGGAGUCUGAUCCUUAAGUGUGCCCAGCUUGCAGACACAGGAACAUACACUUGCCGUGCGGGGGACACUGCUUUAAUGUUCAAGGUUAACAUACGAGAGCCUCCAGUGAUGAUUGUUCAUCCUAAAGAAGACGUCCAUCUUGAUCGGCACGUCCCAGAGGAAAUCAUCCUGAGCUGUGAACUUUCACGGCCAAAUGGUGUUGUGAACUGGUUUAAGGAUGGACAGAAGUUGCAAGAAAGCGAGAACAUCAAGCUGAAAGUUGAGGGCCCUUACCGUAGACUGAAGAUCCUCUGUAGUGGUGUGGAAGACUCUGGAGAAUAUGUCUGCCAUACAGCCGAUGACUCAAUAUUCUUCCACCUCAGUUUAACAGAGCCACCAGUUAGGAUUGUGUCCCCAAGCCAGUCCCAGAUGGAGCUCUGCCAGCAGGCAUCUGAGAGGAUGGUCCUGAGCUGUGAGAUAUCAAGACCCAAUGCGGUGGUGCGCUGGUACCGGGAUGGGCUGGAGGUGGAGGAGAACAACAACCUUAUCUUGGAGGUGGACGGCGUCUACAGAAGACUCAUCAUACCAGAGACGACUGUCAAGGACUCAGCUGAAUAUGUCUGUGACACAGCGGAUGACUCAGUGACAUUCUUUGUGAACAUUGCAGAGCCCCCGGUCAGGUUUGUGCGUCCCAGAAAGAUGGCCAGUGGGGUGGAGAAGUGUUUUGGAGAGAGUUUGGUGCUGGACUGUGAGGUGUCCAGACCGAACGCUGAGGUCAGCUGGAAGAAAAGUGGAGAAGAAAUGGAAGAGUCAAGCAAUCUGACCAUUGUUGAGGAUGGCGUAAUACGCCAAUUAACUAUUCAUUCACUAACCCUGGAGGAUGCCGGACAGUAUGUCUGUGAUGCCAAGGACGAUGUAAUGGACUUCCAAGUCAAGAUCAAAGAACCCCCAGUGAAAAUCGUGGGGAAAAGUGAUGCAACCACACAAAAGCAGUUCUUGGUAUCAGAUGACAUCAUUUUAGUAUGUGAGCUCUCAAGGGCCAAUGGUGUUGUCAGCUGGUACAAAGACAACCAUUUAAUUGAUGGCAAUGAGCACUACUCUUGCGAGGAGCAAGGGGCUUUUCGUUCAUUGGUCGUUCUGAACGCGGAGCUCAGAGACUCUGGAGAAUACUGCUGUGAUGCCAUGGACGACAAGAUGGUGUUCUGUAUUACUGUGCAAGAACCACCUGUCUCCAUCAUUGGGAACUCUGGUCAUCCAGAGAAACACAUUCUGGUUGCAGGAGACGACCUCAUUCUGGAGUGUGAAGUAUCUCGCCCGAAUGCCACCGUCCAGUGGUUAUGUAAUGGAAAGUUGCUGAGUUAUGACUCUCGUACAAACAUUGACAGUCACGAGACAACAAGGAAACUCGUUCUGUCAAGACUUCAGCCUUCGGACUCUGGAGAAUACACGUGUGAUGCAGGGGAGGACAAAAUGAGAACCCUGCUGGAAGUCCAAGAGCCUCCGGUGAAAUUCAUGAAUAAACAAGCGAUGAUGCUCUCUGCCUACGAGAAUGAGAGCGUGACUCUUUGUGCCAUGGUGAACCGAGAUAAGGCAAAUGUUCGAUGGCUGAAAGAUGGUCGAUUGUUGAAUGAAGAUAAUAUCCACAUCUCCAGUGAAGGCCACACUCACACCCUCAUCGUCAACCCGUUGAAGUUGUCUGAUAGUGGAGAGUAUGUCUGUGAUGUCACCACAGAUGAGAUGUAUUUCACUGUUCAAGUGAAAGAGAUGAAAUUGACAUUUACCAAACCACUGGAGAACAUUUCAGCCCUAAAAGACAGCAGUCUCACGUUACGAUGUGAGGUGAACAAGCCAAAGGGAGAUGUACAAUGGCUCAAGAACAACCGAGACAUCACCCCUAGCCGCCGUCACACCAUCAGGGCGCAGGGGCGAGAACGGAGCGUCACCAUUCACAAGCUAACAGCGGAGGAUGCUGGAGAGUAUUCCUGUGAAUCCACGGAUGACAGGACUGUUGCCACGGUCAUUGUGGAAAUUCCACGCAUAGUGGAGUUUAUUGCAGAGCUGCACAACAUAACAGUCCAGGAAGGGGAAGACGCCACCUUUAAGUGUGUUGUUUCGCCAGAGGACACAGAACUGGUCUGGCGCCUCGAUGGCAAGCUGUUGACUCCCAGCGAGCGGUUUGUGGUUUCCAGUAACGGACUGUGUCACAUGCUGUGCAUCCACACAUGCCGUGUCUCAGACAGCUCCACGGUGGCAGCCAGCGCAGAGGGCUUGUUGUCUGAAGCAAACCUCAGAGUUCAAGAGGAACAGACGCUGUUCACCAAAAAUAUGGCUCCCGUUGUGGCUGAGGAGUUCAGCGAGGCGACGCUGGAGGUGGAGGUGAGCCUGGGUUCCGGGGAGGUGCAGUGGAUGAGACAAGGAGUGGUCAUCCACCCAGGGCCCAAGUUCACCCUGAAGCAGAAGGGACGGAAACGCAGCCUCACCAUCCACAGGCUGGCCCUCUCCGACCGCGGCACCUACAGCUGUGAGACCCUCCAUGACCGCACGCAGGCCCUGCUCUCUGUGGAACCUAGAAAGAUUUCUUUCCGGAAGGGAUUAACUGACAUCCAGACCACGGAGCGUGAGACUGCGUCCUUCGAGGUGGAGCUGUCCCACACCAACGUAGUGGGCACCUGGCAUAAGAACGGGGUCCAGCUCAAGCCCAAUAAGCACUGGCGUAUGAGUGCUAAAGGACAUGUUCACAGCCUCACUAUCUCCAACCUGUCCCUGGAUGACACAGGCUCCUUUAUGUUCUGUGUGGAGAAUUUGAAAACGUCUUCAAGGCUUGUUGUUAAAGAACCACCGGUGACAUUUCUGAAAACCCUGGAGGACAUUAGACGCCCUGAAGGAGCUGUGGUGUCUAUCGAAUGCGAAUUGUCACGACACAACGUAGAAGUAAAAUGGAUGAAAAAUGGGUCUGAGAUGAAUUCAUGCCAGGACUACAGGAUCUAUGGCAUGGGCAGAAAGCGCUUCCUCCAGAUCCUGAAGAGUACCGUAGAAGACUCUGGCGUGUACGUGUGCGAUGCUGGAGAAGCCAGCACUUCCUGCACCGUGGAGGUCUACGAGCGCGAGCUGCAGGUGCUGCAGGGCUUGGAGGACCUGGAGAUGCAGGAGGACCAGAAUGCCGUGUUUGUGUGUGAGAUCUCCCUGGAAGACGUGCCGGGGGAGUGGUUCAAGGACGGGGAGAAGAUAAUUCCCACCAGCACCAUCAAAAUACGCCAGGAAGGGACCAAGCAUUUCCUCCUGAUGUGUAAUGUGAGAGGAGAGGAUUCUGGAGAGAUCAAGUUUGUCGCCAAACACCUAGAAUCAAUAGCCUACCUGGAAGUAGAAGAGCUGCCGGUGAGCAUCGUAAACGCGCUCCAGGACCGGACGGCGCUUGAGAAGCAGCGCGUGGUUCUAGACUGCACAGUGUCCAACCCGCGUUGCAGCAUCCGUUGGUACAAAGGACUGAACGUCAUUCUGCCCUCCGAGCGCUUCGAGAUCUGCAGUGAGGGCUGCUGCCGCAAGCUGGUCAUCCAGCAGGUGGCGCUGGAGGACGAGGGCACGUACAGCGUGCAGGUCGGGGACUACACCUGUUCAGCCAGGCUGACCGUGGAAGCCCAGUCUCUCCUGAUGGUGAAGGAGCUGGAAGACACACAGGUGGUGGCUCCAGAAGAGGCCUGCUUUGAGUGUGAGGUCUCCGUGCCUGUCCUCAAGGCCCCCCUGUGGACAUUGAAGGGGGAGGCCCUGCAGCAAGGCCCCAGGGUGAGUCUGGAGAGGAUGGGGACCGUCCACAGACUCACCCUGCGCCAGACCUCUGUGGAAAUGAGUGGCCCGGUCGAGUUCACAUCAGGGAAAGCCAGGAGCAAAGCCCAGCUUCAUGUCACAAGUGACCCAUGAAUGACGGAAUCAUCUUGAUGUUUUGAACAUCCAAAAGAGAUGGAUCGCUAACUGUUUAUUGUGUUAAUAUUUGAAAUGGGAAUUCAAACUCCGGAGGUAAAAAAUGUAAUUUGAUAUUUUCUUAAUGACUUCGAAUUAAGGGUGAAAGAGUGUUUAGAUCUUUAACAGUAAUUUGAAAUGUUUUGUAUCUUUGUUGUCCAGCACAGAUCAUCAUACUCACAUAGCUUAUUUAGUGGUCCUAGUUAUAUCUGCUAAUCAACCGUUUAGCGGUCUGGAGAAGAUCACAAUUUGAUGGAAUAUAAAAGCAAAAAUAUGUCCAUUACAUAAGGUGAAAGUAUAAUUGGAGGGUUUAUUUUAUUAGUAGGGGGGCUGAAACAUCCCAAUGUCUCUAAUAGAAUUGAUAAGCUCUUAUGAAUGUGCACACAGGUGAUGCCCACUUAAGGUUGCAUAAAUUAUUUAUGUUAGUUCUCAUUAGUGUAGUUCUCACAGUAGUAGAUUUUACUGCAAAGUUUGUUUAUUUAUUAGGCAAAAGUCAUAUUUAUUAAUUGUUCAGUUGUCAGUUUAAUAUAUCAAUGUCAUAGUUUCAUGUGUAAUUUCCAUCUGUUGUCCAUUGUAUAGACAUUGUUUUUUACACUUUGAGAUUUUUGAAGGCAGACAUUCAAGGUACGGUGAAGAAUGGGUUCUGUCUAGCAAAAUGAGGCUUGUAAUAUAAAUAUACUGGGCCAAAAUUGGGUACAUUUACAGUAGGAAAGCAGAAGACUGAAUUGUUCUUUAUAUUUAUGGUCUUGCUCAAUUAAAGCAUAGUAGUUUAGGAAAAGUUUAAAGUAAUACUAGAUUUAAUGAGGAAUAAAUAAUGUAUUCAUGUGAAUUGAAGUCAGUUCCAUAUUCCAUUGUUUUUCAUUUUGUGUGAUUCCAACACCCCACCUUAUACUGAAUAUCAGUGUAUGCAUCAUUCAUUGUAGUGAAAUAUGAGCUUGCUCAAUAAAACAUGCUUUAUUGUUGCAAAGUUCAAAUACAGUUUCUAGUUUUUUUUUCCUUAUAGAAUUGAUGAGCAGCAAUUAUUCACUCAAACUUGUUUUGCCAGUCUCUUAACUCGGGUGGCAAUGUUAAUACUCAUUGAAUACAGUAAAAAAAAAAAAAAACAUUAUUGUAAAAAGGGUUUACAACAUGUUCAUUCUUAAAAUUAAAAGAUGAUAAUGAUCAAAUUAACUCAACAUUUUGUAUUUCUGUUAAUGCAAAUACACACUGGCACAGUCACAUACAACAUACACACACACGCGCGCACACACACACCAGACUGUGCCAAAUACUACCUGGGCUAGCCAAAGGGUCUGUGGUUAGCCUGGGCUAGCUACAGGGUCUGUGGUAGGCCUUACUCAUCAACAUGAUAACUCAGGUUCAUUCACCAACACACAAGUUGCAAAGUAAUAUCACAUUUUAACAGCUAAGGAGAGCAAACAAAUUGUGCUUGUGUAAAUCAUGUCAUAUUGUACUUUUCUAGAACAUCUUGGUAGAUUAACAACCAUACUUCCUGACUCUGUACUAGCAUUAAAACAAGUUAGCAUUUGAUAUAUUUAUUUCCAUAAAGUUUGUCUAAAAAUAUGAAAGUGACAUAUUUUGACAUGUGAAAUAUAGCAAUGUUAGAAAUAAAUCAAAACAACCUUUUACAUUCAUGAUAAUUUGUCCUCAUGUAUGUUGAUAUCAGUGCAUCUUAAUGGUGCACAGAAAUGCACAAAUGGCGAAAAGGUAAAAACAAUGUUGAUUGGAAAUAGAUUGAAAUCUAAAAACUGAAAAAGGUUUUGAAUAAAAUUACAAUGGAUUUGAUUGUCAUUUAGAAGACACACCGGCCCAGACUUCACCAGGGUUCAACAGUAAUCCUCACGGCUCUGGGACAGUUAUUCAGUUGUGACCUAGGCAUUCUAACAUUCACUUGUGAGAACAGACUCUUGUUCAGCACACAUUUGGUUUUUCAUACGAGAAUCAAUGGCAUAUUCAGCCAUACCUUCUAAAUCCUUAUGAAGUGUGGAAGUCUGCCAUGGUAGUGAUACUGUGUGCCUACUGAGCAAGGAUCAUCCUCUGUUCUAGUAGCCAGACAGAGGUUUAUGUGUUGAAUGAUCAGUCAUCACUUGAGCGCAUACCUGUCUUUUAGUCAAAUGAAGUGUAAACUAUUUCUGAUAAAGAUAAUGACUGAUGGGGAGAGAGAAUCAAUCCUAAAGGCUCCUCUACACUAUAAGACUUGACACACAAGUAAUGGCUUGAGUAUUUUGCACAUAUUAAACUCUUUAUUA